AUGACGUCUCACACAGUAUCAAGGGAAAUAUCACCGGCUUCAUCAAGGGCGCUCUCCAGGUGCACGUCCACCAGCUCAGUGGAGGAACCCACCGCCUACUUGGAGGAGGUAAAAAUUGAAAUUGAGGAAUUCGCAAGGAUCAUUGCGGAAGCAAACAUGAGAGUAGGCGAACCGAAUCAUGAAGCUGACAAGAUUUACGCCGAGAAAAAGAGUCGACCAAAGUCCAAGAUCGUUGGUGUAAACAACGAGUACUAUAUCAGAGAGGGGGAUUUUGAUGAGAUUUACAGUGGCAACUGCACCGAAGACUUUGCAAAGAAACUAUCUGUCAAGGGUAUCAUACAAUCUGCGGGAAUGGGUUCAGCAGGUAUGGAUGGCGGAAAGGAGAUGAAUAUCAAGAGCAAUUAUGACAUGUUUGGUGCUAUAAAUAGCAACUCUACCAGCUCUGGAGUAAACAGCAUUACCGAUCGGCUAGGGUCUUACAUGGACCACUUUCCACAAAAUAAUGGUAACGUUUCCAUAAAUCCAUAUAAGUCUGCAACAGGGAACACGAUCAACUCGAGGAAUUCCGGCCCGCUUAACAAGGUGGUCUUUAAGAAUCCCCGCAACAAUUCCUUCGUACUCAUGGCAAAUUGCGCUGAAAACGCAAUAGUUAGCAUCAAGAGUCAAAACGGAAUGGUAGAAUUGGAAUACUCUCCCUCUGUGAAGGAGAUUUCGCUGAAUUUCCAAUCGCAAAUCCCAAACUUUCUCAAGCACUCGGACCUAUUCCAACGGUGGAGAAGCCAACAGUUUGGCCUGCACCUAGGUAACUACCAUCACAUCGCUGGUACAGGUUUGAACGUCCAAGGGAAGCUCAAUGAAAUUCCACAAAACUAG